AGCCAUGUUUGACUAUGACAAGAGCAAAGACAGUGGCCUCCCAAGCCAAGGACUUAGUUUUAAGUACGGAGACAUUCUUCACGUCAUCAACGCCUCAGACGAUGAAUGGUGGCAGGCGAGGAGGGUCACUCUGGAGGGAGACAGUGAGGAGAUGGGAGUUAUACCCAGCAAGAGGAGAGUUGAAAGAAAGGAGCGUGCACGUUUGAAGACGGUGAAAUUCAAUGCGAAACCUGGUGUAAUUGAUGCAAAAGGGUCAUUCAAUGACAAGCGUAAAAAGAACUUCAUCUUUUCACGAAAAUUCCCAUUCUACAAGAGCAAGGAGCAGAGUGAGCAGGAAACAAGUGAUCCAGAACAACAUGUUUCUUCUAAUGCCAGUGAUAGCGAAAGUAGCUACAGAGGCCAAGAAGACUGCAUCCUUUCUUAUGAACCUGUCACCAGACAGGAAAUUAAUUACACCAGGCCGGUUAUUAUUCUGGGUCCUAUGAAAGAUCGAAUCAACGAUGAUUUGAUAUCUGAAUUCCCUGAUAAGUUUGGUUCAUGCGUACCACAUACCACACGGCCAAAGCGUGACUAUGAAGUGGAUGGGAGAGAUUAUCAUUUUGUCAUUUCAAGAGAACAAAUGGAAAAAGAUAUUCAAGAGCACAAAUUUAUAGAAGCUGGGCAGUACAAUGAUAAUUUAUAUGGAACUAGUGUCCAGUCUGUGAGAUUCGUGGCUGAAAGGGGCAAGCACUGCAUACUUGAUGUGUCAGGAAAUGCUAUCAAACGACUACAAGUUGCACAACUCUAUCCCAUCGCUAUCUUCAUUAAGCCUAAAUCAUGGGAGCCUCUGAUGGAAAUGAAUAAACGUCUCACAGAGGAGCAAGCAAAGAAAACCUACGAUCGAGCAAUUAAAUUAGAACAAGAAUUUGGAGAAUAUUUUACAGCUAUUGUCCAAGGAGAUAGCUUAGAAGAUAUAUAUAAUCAAUGCAAACUUGUAAUUGAAGAACAAUCUGGGCCUUUCAUCUGGAUUCCUUCAAAGGAAAAAUUAUAAAUUAGCCACUGCACCUCUGAUUACGACGGGAAAAUAUUUAGAAGAAAACUAUAAUAUACUAUUUGGAGGCUUUCCUGUUUUUGUUGCAUUUAUGUUCUUUGCAGUCAAUGUGAAUUUUGAUGAAUGUACAACACAAAGUGUUUGAAGCCAUGAAGGACACUGAUGGGUCAAAGGGUAGGAACAAAAAGACUUCUACCAUAUAAAGCAAAUCUGUUGUGUGCUCAGAGCACCAGUUGUAGGUAUAAACUUUUGACAUGGAGACCCUCUGUCAAGGGGAGCUAGCCACCUCCUGUGCCCAUGCGGACAUUUUGAUCGAUUUCAAUGGCUGAGCUCAGUGUGUUGAUUGCUUUAAAGAGAAGUUCCCAGCUCUUGAACCUCAUAUAGGGCUUGAUCCUGCAAGGCGCUCAGCACUUAACCCCAAUUCCUACACAUGAGUAGCCCGUUGAGUUGGCGUCACUUGUGAUCCUUCCCUAUGCCGUUCGGUCACAUCAAUUCCAGUAGGACUAUUCAUGUGCUGAAAGCUAAGCACGGGCUUAAAUGUUUUGCUAGAUCAGGGCCACAUGCACCUUGCAAAAUCAAGCUCAGGGUACUUGGUCCACUUGCUACUGAAGUCAUUGGUAGGACACUCUUUGACUUGACUGGGAGGUGGAUCCUAUUCUAAGCUUGUCAUUGCACAUUUGUAGUUGGUACACCUCGACUUCGGUAACUAUGCACAUCUUUUGAUUUCUGAAACCAAGUCAAGCAUUUCUUUUUUCCCCUUUGGAAACACUAUUGCAUCAGGAACUAAUAACACUAUAGUUUAUUUUAAUGGUGUUUGGGGGUGGGAGAGGAUGGAAGCAUUUCACAUCACACACACAUGCACAGAAACACAUAUGUAUGAGGAUUCACAGCACCUAUGUUGACAAGGAGGGAUACAACUGGGAAAAGCUUUAAAAUUUUUGAUUGUCUAUUUUAUCAUUUAUAUUGAUAGAAGGCACUUAAAGAUGGAAUAAUUUAUAAAAAUAAAAAUAUAUUGAUGUAUAGAAAC